CGCGUAGGCAUUGCAAAUCGAUUUAAGGUAGUUCUUUUUUUUCGGUGUGGAUCCAAAAUGUAUCAGCUUUCCUUUCCAGCCAUGACCCCUUGUCUCUGAGGUUGGAUAUGGGUAAAUUCUCGUGCUGAUAUCAUUUCGGUGUGGGAGAUGGUAUUACGUGACAGUCGUUAAAAAACAUAGGAUGCAUUCCGCGUCAAAUUUCCCCCAGCGGCGGUUCAGUAUGUAUUAGCUUGUGUCCGCGCGGCUUGGUUCGUGUUGUUUGGUUUUCAGUAGUAGUUGGUAGGGUUUGAGUGCUCGAGAAUGGCGGCGGCUCUAGUUGCGAUGGGGCAGGCUAGCCAGUCCGUGGACAUCGCCACCCCUCGGACGCUACGCCGCCAGAUGUCCUGGCCGUUCAAGAGCAGAUCCCCAAACUGGAAGGACUUCGACCGCGACCUUACCGAAGAGUGGCGGCGAGCCGAGUUCUCCCUUCACAAGAAGCGAGUCAUCAUCAACGUUAGUGGUCUACGAUUCGAGACGCAGCUAGAAACUCUCAGCAGAUUUCCAGACACGCUUCUGGGCAAUCCGGACAAGCUCUCGAAGUACUACGACCCCGUCCGGAUGGAGUACUUUUUCGACCGCCAUCGACCAAGCGCCGAAGCCAUACUUACAUACUACCAAACGGGCGGGGUGCUGAAGAGACCCAUGGAAGCCCCCGUGGAUGUUUUCACCGACGAGCUUCGCUUCUUCGAGAUGGGGGAAGAUAACAUUGUCAGCUUUCGCUACGAGGAAGGCUACGUGAAGAAGCAACCAGUCCACAAGCCAAAGGGUGACUUACGGAAAAAGAUCUGGCGGAUCACAGAAGACCCGAAAAGUUCCUGGAUCGCUAAGCACUUCUCCUACACGUCUGUGUUCUUCAUACUUCUCUCUACAUGUGUGGCGUCGCUAGAAACUCUCUCGGAUUACAUAGGAGAGCUAUCGAUGGAGGAUAGUCGAUUCACAAACCCAUUUUUCAUUCUAGAAAUCGGAGUAACCGUUUGGUUUGUUAUUGAGAUUGCUCUUCGCUUGACGGGUAUUGUGAAUAAGAGGGCGUACGGACGUUCAUGUCUUGGUGUGUUAGACAUCAUGUCCAUACUACCUCUCUUUUUUAACGUUAUCGCUAUGUUGGCCAUACGAGAUGCGCAAACACUACACACCGUCCUCCGAUGCACGCGGAUGAUUCGCGCUCUUAGGAUCCUGAAACUUUCCCGACACUCCAGAGGUUUGAAACUCAUGGGGAAAACUUUGGCCGGAAGCCUGAGCGACAUCGCCAUGUUGUUAGGCUUCAUGGCUAUACUCAUCGUCCUCUUCGCGGCGGGGAUUUUCUUCGCGGAAGAGUCUGAUCCUGACUCUCACUUCCACAGCAUCCCCGAGGCGUUCUGGUGGGCUCUGGUGACGAUGGUGACUCUAGGGUACGGGGACAUGUACCCGCAGACGCCCGGCGGGAAGUUCGUCGGGUCCGUGUGCGCUGUCGCCGGCAUCCUGACUGUCGCGCUGCCGGUCCCUGUCAUCGUGACAAACUUUGACACCAUGUACAACCUACGGGAGGACGAACCAACUGAGGAGGACAAGGAAGAUUGAUUCACAUGUUAAGGUUAAAUUAAAAUCCUUCCCGUACCAGAUGGUGCAUACGGCGACGCCCAUCUCCGCUUCAAUAGCCCUUAUGCCACACAAAUUUGUUCAAUCACUACAGCACAGGUAGUGGUCUGUGUG